AUGAAAUUCAGGGAAAGUAACUUAUGCAAGGUCACAAAGCUUACUUGGGAAACGAAUCCAGAUGGUUUGACUCCACAGUUUGCUCUCAACAUCACGCUAUUCUACCUCCCUGAUGGAUGGAACAAAAGUGGGACUUGGAAAAUGUUGCCCUGUAAGAAGAGAACUAUAUUGACAGAGUCCCCACAACAUCAGGGCAGCCAGGAGGAAGAUGACUUAGACCUUCAGUCAGCUGUUAAACCAGAAUCUGACCAAGUUAAAGACCUGGGGUCAGUGUCCCUGUCCUGGAGUCCAAGUCACGGCAGAGCAGCUGACCUUGACGUGCAGGAUGCCGGAAUUCAGCUUGGUAUGGAGGACCCAUCUUUGAGCUCUAGGAUGCUCACCGACAACACAAAUGUUGCAGUUCUGGAAGCUGUGGAUGUGGCCGUCUCUCAGGAAAUCACCCUACCUUCCUUGGAGUCUUCUCAGCCUGUAAAUACACACAUUGGUAAAGGAAAACUUCAGGCCACUAGCUCAAGGAGAGGGAAGAAAAUUACGCUCAGACCUGGGUCAGUUACUCAAGAAGACAGAGGCGAUCAUCCUAUCGCAAAGGAGCCUUUUUCAGAAAAGCCUAGUGAAGAAGUCAAGGAAGAAGGAGAAAAGGACAUGAAUGAACUGAUGGAAGAGUCGUUUGAAACUUUUCAAGAUGAGAUGGGAUUCUACAACAUGGAAGAUGAUGGCCCAGAAGAGGAGGAACGUGUGGCUGAGCCUCGGCCUAACUUUAAUACCCCUCAAGCCUUACGAAAGAGCUGGGAACCUUUGCUCAAAGCUCCAUUGCCCUCCAUCAUCAGUUCAACCCCAAGUUUCAGACCUUGUUCCAACCCUGUAACCUGA